AUGGAGGUUGAAGGUAGGGCACAAGAGCAAGGGGCCGCAGGGGUGAGUGAAGCGGUGCAAAGCGGUGAAGUGGGGUUGGCGGGCGAGGCAGGUGGGGGAGCGGCAGGAGAAGGGGCAGAGGAGAAGGAAACGCAGGGAGACCAGGGUGCAGGUGUGGAGGGGGAGGGUGCGCCAGUGGGAGCAGCAGGGGUGGGGGACAUGCAGGGGCACGAAGUAGCAGCAGCAACAGAAGGGGAAGGAGCAGGAGGUGAAGGGGCUGGUGAGUCUACUGCCCUCUUGCCUGGGGAAGGGCCAAACGGAGAAGGGGCGCCAGGGGAAGGGGCAGGUGGUGAUAGCACAGGGGCAGAAGUGGAAAGGGAGGGGGAAGGGGUGGGCGCAGGGGAUACAGGCGGGGCAGCAGAGACAGGCGGGGGAGCAGAGGCAGGGGCGGGAGCAGAAGUUUCUGAGAUUCAUGUGGAGGUGGAGGGCGGGGAGGAGGGGGAGGGUAAAGCAGGGGAGGGGCUGCAGCAGCAGGAAGAGGGUGGAGCAGGGGGGGAGUCUGGUGGUGCUGCUGCUGGAGGUGCUGGGGUAGCAGUAGCAGAGGCAGGUCCAGGGGAGCCAGCACCUGAAAGGACUCCUGAAGACACGCCUGGGGAUGCCUCUGCUGCAGUGCCUGCUGCUCCCGCUUCCACUGGAGCUGCUACAACGGCCACUGCUGAUUCUACCGCUGAUGCUGCCGCUGGUGCUGCUGGUACUACUGGUACUGCCGGUACUGCUGGGGCAGUGGAGGGAGCAGCAACACAGCAGCCGGGUACAGGAGUGAGCACAGCAGGAGCAGCAGCUACAGCGGGAACAGGCACAGCAGAGACAGCAGCAGCAGCAGGAAUGGCUUCCCGACCCAGGAGGUCCACAGCAGGGCUGAGAGGCAGGGCGGCAGCAGUGGCGGCAGCAACGGCAGGGCGAGGUGGGGGGCGGGGGGAGGCGGGAGAGGGGGGUGGUGCAGGGGAAGGGGAGGCGGCUCAGCGCGCUGCCGCCAGGCAGGCCCGAUUCGGUGCCGCCACGUCUCCCCGCCGCGGCCGAGGGCCGGGGCACACGAGUGAUCAGCCUGGUGCAGACAGGUGGAAGGGGAACGUCCAGCCCACGUGGCCGUGGGAGAGGCAGGGGGGCUGCAGGUAA